AAGCCAGCCCUUCCAUAGCUACAGAGACCUUCUUCAAUCUUCGCAUUUUAGGCUUUUUCCUUAGCUUAGUUGAUAUGCAAAACCAAAUUAUCUCUCGAACGCUCAAUUCUAACUCGCAUUUCCUCUAGUGGAGGCUUUCAUAGUCCUUCGAAGUUGAAUUACUUGCCAAAGUAUAGUCUUUAUUAUCUGUAAAAUCUUGUAAGGAAUUUUCGGUUCUGGGUUUUGCCGGUAUAUACCUUUUCAGCUAACAAUUAAUGGAUAUGGCGCUCGACUCUUCGCUUCUGAGCUCACCAAAGUUUAUAAAUAAGACAAAAUCAUUGGGUUUGUUUCACUAUAACGGGAGAAUACGAAUGCCCACGAAGAGUUUUCCGGUGAAUAAUCGUUACCCAUUUCGAUUGGCGUUAUAUGGCAUACAUUCUGAGAAUUUUAAGAGCUUUCCGUGCUCAGCGUGGAGAGGUGAUAUUGACUUGUACGUUGGUAGCGAUUGUUCGACACCUAGAGGCAAAGAUGGUGAUAAUUUCGGCAGCCAAAAUGGUUUCAAUUUUGAGUUUUUGCGAGAAAUUUUGAAGCGUGGAAUUGUGUUCGUGGCAAUGGUUUCUGGGGUUUUGGUAUAUAGUUGUAAAAAAGCUUUAGCGAGUGAAGGUAUUGUCAAUGCUGGAUAUGGCGUUUUUGGGCCGUGCAUAUUAUUAAUGAGAAAUGCUUGGCCUAAGACGUUACAGGUUCUUCAGGUCUUCAAAGAACAGGGUUUGAUUUUGGCUUUGCUUUUGGGACUCUCUGCAUUCUUUUCUAUGGCAGAGACUUCAAUCACGACGCUUUGGCCUUGGAAGGUGCGUGAGUUAGCUGAGAAAGAAUCUGAAAAUGGUCUCUUCAAAAUGCUUCGCAGUGAUGUUACUCGCUUCUUGACAACUAUAUUAAUCGGCACAACUGUUGUCAAUAUUGGAGCUACGGCUUUAGUUACAGAGGCUGCAACAGCAUUGUUUGGCGAAGCUGGUGUUAGUGCAGCAACUGGAGUAAUGACUGUUGCCAUAUUGCUCCUUACUGAAAUCACUCCAAAAAGCAUAGCUGUUCACAAUGCUACAGAAGUUGCUAGGUUUGUGGUCAGACCAGUGGCGUGGCUUUCGGUGGUUUUAUAUCCUGUUGGAAGAGUUGUUACAUAUUUAUCGAUGGGAAUUUUAAAACUGCUUGGCUUGAAAGGAAGAAGUGAACCAUAUGUUACAGAAGAGGAAUUAAAAUUGAUGCUGCGAGGGGCUGAGUUAAGUGGGGCAAUAGAGGAGGAAGAACAGGAUAUGAUUGAAAAUGUCUUGGAGAUUAAAGAUACACACGUUAGAGAGGUAAUGACACCUCUUGUAGAUGUAGUUGCCAUUGAUUUCGGUGCUACUCUCAUAGAUUUUCACAACUUGUGGUUGACUCAUCAAUAUUCAAGGGUCCCUGUGUUUGAGCAGCGUGUCGAUAAUAUUGUUGGUAUUGCAUAUGCAAUGGAUCUACUCGACUAUGUACAGAAGGGAGAGCUACUAGAAAGUACUACAGUUGGAGAUAUGGCUCAUAAACCAGCAUACUUUGUGCCAGAUUCAAUGUCUGUCUGGAAUCUUCUAAGGGAGUUUCGCAUCAGAAAGGUUCACAUGGCUGUGGUUCUUAAUGAAUAUGGUGGAACCAUAGGGUUAGUUACCCUGGAAGAUGUGGUUGAGGAAAUUGUUGGUGAAAUCUUCGAUGAAAAUGAUUCAAAAGAGGAGAUUCAGAAAAAAACUGGCUACAUUGUGAUGCGUGCGGAGGGAGUGUUUGACGUAGAUGCAAAUACAUCUAUUGAUCAGCUUUCUGAAGAUCUAAAUGUCAAAAUGCCAGAGGGUCAUCAGUACGAAACAGUAUCUGGUUUUAUAUGUGAGGCGUUUGGAUAUAUUCCGAGGACAGGUGAGAGCAUCAAAGUAGUCCUAGAAAAUGAAAUUGAAGAAGAGGAGAAUGGUGAAUCCAAACCAGAUCACCAGGAUCAGAAGGAAAAGCAUCAGAUCUUUAAGCUUGAGGAUUUGACAGUUAUAAAAAAGUGAAGGUGAGCUUCUGUCAAUCAAGCUAUUCGCAGUUUGGUAAUACCUUUGCUUCUAAUGUCUUUAAUGCAGAUUCUAGCAGGAAAUGCCAGAAAGGUCAGUGCCGUUCGCUUUGAAAGAUUAGACAAUGAUGAUACUGCAGGGGAUACCAAAGAGGUGACUCGGUUGGUCCCCAAAAUUGUGAAAAGGAAGUGGAGCGGUGAUGAAGACUCAGACAGUGCAGAAUAUGAUGAAGAUUCAUUCCAGAGAAGACCGCAGAAUAGUCUCCUUGAUGAGCAUGAAGAGAGUUAUGAUAGCCUAACUAAGCAUUGAUUAUGAUUCUUCUUGCUACCAAUUUUACAGCAUUGCCAAGGGAAGCAGUUAAAUUUGAGGAACAAGGUACGGUUCCAUGAUCAGCAAAUGAAGAACACUUUUUCACGGGCAAGGCAACUCUCUUCAUCCAAAUCUUUGGUAGUUAUGUGUUUUGUGCACAACUAUCUUGGAGUAUUCUCACCUUGAUAUCAGCAUGAGAUCUAUUCUACUGUCUAAAUCUGUCUUGGCAAUUGGUAAAGGGGACCAUAGAUGAGAUGGCAAUGCCAUACCCUUUCGCAUAAACAAUGUUAUUUUAUUAUUUUUUUUUUCUUAUGUGAAAUGUGUUAUUUUUGAGAAGAGAUUGAUGUGAUUGUCUCUCCAAAUAGUCUUUGUAUGUCUACUUGUGUAAAUCAUGUAUUUUGAAAUAAAUACUAUUGGUUCUCAAAA